AUGAAGCCUGAUACGUAUUUGAGGCUCAUUGAGAGCGAGCGGACGGGCCAGGUUUUGCUUGCGGGCGAUAACAUCGAGGCACGCAUAGCUGACAAGGACAAGUUGGAGCUCAAGAGGAAGAUAGACUACCUUGUUCUGGAGUAUCUUACUCACGAGGGGUAUGGCGACACGGCAGUCGAGCUGGCCAAGGAAAUGGAACUGGACCUGAGCCGGGGCCAAUUGGGUGGAAAAACUGAAUUUAGCGAGGAGACCGAUCUACAGAGCGUCGAAACGCUGUUUUCGGCAGAGUCUAUCAAAAGCAACCUUGAGAACGGUAGCGGGGUGGCGUCACCAGCGUUGGAGACCUGCACACAGCUCGAAAGCGCACACACACGACACCAGAUUAAGGUGCACAUUCUGGCGGGCCGCGUGGAGGAGGCCGUUGCUCUGGUGAACCAGGAGUACCCGAGUCUUUUUGAACAGAACCAGAUAGCGUAUUUCCGGCUGUUGCACCUGCAACUGAUUGAGAUUAUCCGGGCCCAGUUUUCCGGGCCGUCGGACGGUGUGCAGGACGAGCGGGAGUUUCUGGACCGUGUGCUGGAGUUCAUCUCGAGCAAGCUAUCGACGCUCAAGAUCCUUCAGAACAAGAAGUUUAUCCAGGAGCUGGAGCUGACGAUGGCUCUGCUGUGUUUUGGGAGCCGGCUGCGGGACCCCAAGCUGGAAGGGAUUCCGGCCGAGCUGAAACGGCUGUUGGACGUGAAAAUGCGGGGUCGGGUGGCCGAUCUCGUGAACCGGUCGAUACUUCUGAGUCUGAGCAACAGCGACCUGACCCCGACUCGCGAUUUCACCGGCUGGUGUACGUGGCGGGUUGGGGUGCCAAAACCCGCGCUCGACCCCGACGCGGCUGAAACCGGUCCGGACGACCUGCCCCAGACCAAGUCUGCCGGGCUGUACGAGCUACUGGCGAUGGUGACGUGGCUGGCCCAGGCGAACGGCGACAGCGUGGACACGCAACUGGGCGCUCUGCUAAAGUGA